AUGGCCCUCAGUAUCCGGCAGAAGAGGGUGCGAAGAAUCUCCGGAGACCCAGUCCAUGGGGUUGUGGUGCAAAGCCCUGUGGAUGGCACGUUGACAGGAAGAAGUUUGGAAGUGGUGGAGGAGCUGCCGAGGAAAAUGGUUGACGUGGCUGCAUUACAGGAGAUCAGAUGGAAGAGUGAGGGUACAAGGUUUGUGGGGGCUAAAGGUGGAAGGUAUAAAUUGUGGUGGAAGGGGGAUGAUGGUACGGGAGGAGUUGGUGUGAUGGUAAGAGAAGAGUUGGUGGAGAAGGUGUUGGAAGUGAGGCGGAGAAGCAAUGGUGUAAUUGUGGUGGUGAUGGUGUUUGGAAAAGUAAUAGUGAGGGUGAUAUCAGGAUAUGCUCCGCAACAAAGUAGGAAGGAAGAGGAGAAGGAUAGGUUUUAUGAUGAUGUUUCUGACGAGAUUGGGCAAGCGGGGUUGGAUGAGUUUGUGGUGUUGGGUAAUUUGAAUGGUCAUGUGGGGGCGGAUGCAGACGGAUAUGAAGGUGUACAUGGGGGAUGGAGAUAUGGUAUACGGAAUGAGGAAGGGCGCAGAGUGUUGGAGUUGGCGGAUGCACAUAGCAUGGUGGUGGGAAAUACCUGGUUUACAAGGGAACCAGCGCGAUUGAUUACAUAUAAGUCAGGGGAGCAUAGGUCAAUGAUAGACUAUAUAUUGGCAAGAGCCAAACAUAGAAAGUAUGUGAAGAAUGUGAAGGCGAUACCUGGUAUGCUGCAGCAUAGUAUGAUUGUGAUGGAUGUGACAUCAAAAGAAAUGGGGAGGAGGAAGAAGGAUAAGCGUAAUAAAAUAUUAUCUUUAUUCCCACGUGAAUCUCGAACCGUUUCAUUUUACAAGCUAUCAGGAAAAAGGGAAGAAGUCGAGAGAGAAGCAAAGACAUAAAAAUUAACAUAGAUUAGGUAACAUUGAAAAUUGUAAUAAUCGUUAAUAAUAAUUAAUAUAUGAGAUAGUUAAUAAAUAAAUGUUUGAUCCCUACAAAAGCAUACAUUAUACAGCCAACACACCACUUGAACAAAAUCAUAAAAUACGCAGACGACAUAUACAUACCUCAUAAUUCCUUCAUCAAAUACCAACACCCCUCAAUCUGAGUUGGAGUCACUUCUUACCUGGUCCAGGCAGAGCAAUCAUUAACUUAAUUUAAAUAAGUCAUUCGAACUAAUCAUUCAUAACAUUCACAACAAAAUUAUUCCACCUAUCCUUCAAUCGUCCGCACAGGUCAUCUUAAAAAUUCUAGGCAUUACUUUCACCUCUACACUCAAUAUUACCUUGUACACCAAUCACACCAAUGAAGGCCUACAUACACUGCGCGCACUCUACGCAGAAAAUAUUCAAUUGAAAUUCAAAAUAAGUAAUUAAAAUGCUCGCAUUAAUUUUAUAACUAGCAAUUUAAUUAAGGACUAUCAAAUUUAAAUGAUAACAGUAGUAAUUAAUAGUAAUAUUAGGUGAACUCUCUUCAGUUACUAUGUAGCAGAUUGAAUUAAAUACAAGAUAUUUAAUUUGGUGUAGUCUUUUGUAAAACGUACGUAAUUGGUGUCGGUAAUUUUACUGUAGUUUGAAAAUCUGAAGACAUAACAACCGGUGUUUCUACCCACUUUCAAUGCAUCUGACCAGCCGAAAUUUUCAGUGUUUUGGGAUAAGCUAUCUAACCACUAAUUAACAAUU